CGAAAUGAUGCUAUCAAACUCGGCUCUCACCCACGACGCGCACCGUUAUUAUACCGAUAUCCGGGACCUCUGUCCCGACGUCGUAGGUCGGUCCCACCAUCGAGGCACUGUGGUGAGCCGAAAAGGGAGAUGCCGCCGGCUUCGCGGCACGAGUGGAUAUGCCUGCACAGACCCACUGGUGGAUUACUGCGUGGUUCCUCAUCACUAUUCCUGUCAUAUUUUGGGACGCUGCGUAUCUUUUCCUGAGGCCUCGCUCUAUGGAGGGAGGCGAUCUUCAUUGGAUAUGGCAGCCCUAUUCCAUUUAUCAAAACAUCGACUACAUAUACGGCGUCCCGGCAUUUGUAGAAAAAGAUGGCUUCCCGAACGCCCAAUCCCUGCUCAACAUUUUUGAAAAUUUCUUGAAUAUUGCAUACUUGUACCUCGCGUACGUCGUGCGGUGGCCUCCUGCCACCCUCGUCGCUUUCACGUCUGCCAGCUUGACGUUGGCAAAGACGGCCCUGUACUGGGUGCAGGAGUAUUAUUGCGGUAUGUGUCGCAUCGGACACAACAAUACCCAGGACCUGAUCCUAUACUGGAUCAUUCCCAACGGAAUCUGGCUUGUCGUCCCCACUUUCAUUAUCUUUCGGUUGGGGAGAGACUUGAUCUCGUCACUCAACCUUGCCCAUGGGAUGCGGUCCAAGACGAAGAGCAGUUAGAUAGCUUGGCCCGGAACCGUUUACCGAAACGCCUGCCCUUGUGUGACCGAGGAAUUGAUAUCUAUCUAUCUUGCUUGCAUGUACCUAGUUUUAAUUUACUUGUGGAUGGAAUUUUGCUGGCCACUUACGGUGACGGGGGGGAAGAAGUCAGAACAAGCAGCUUGGGGUCCG